AUAAUAUGGAUGUAUUUUAGGUGAUACAGUACUAAGCUGGUCGUUAGAUUAAACAUGGAGGAAGCUGGUAGAGAGAAGUUUCUGUCAAGAAGACGUUCAGCUGCUCUGAAGGCUUUUAAAGUCAAAGACGAGCGAGUGGCAACUUUUAAAAAAGUAGCAGCAAUUCUGCAAAAGUCUGAGACAGACAGAACUGCUGAAGAAACAGGAAUACUAGUGUCCUGUAGUGACGUUGUGAAAGAGGUUAAUUUAAGACAAGAGAAAAGACAUAGAGUAAAAGCAAGAUUGGAGGAAGUAGAAGAUGCGCCAGAAAUAUUAGAAGAAAAGUGCAUAAGAUUAGCUGCAGCAAUUAGCAGAGCAACGUCGCUUGCUGUUUAUACUGGUGCUGGUAUCAGUACAGCUGCUUCAAUUCCAGAUUACAGAGGAACCAAUGGUGUGUGGACUCGGUUACAACAAGGAAAAGACAUUGGGAAUCAUGAUCUUAGUCAAGCAGAACCCACAGUGACCCAUAUGGCGCUCUAUGCUUUAUACAAGGCAAGAGUUUUAAAACACGUAGUUUCUCAAAAUUGUGAUGGACUUCAUUUACGAAGCGGGAUACCCCGCACGCUUUUAUCUGAAGUUCAUGGCAAUAUGUAUAUAGAAGUUUGUAGAACGUGUAAACCUUAUAGGGAAUAUUGGAGAUUAUUUGAUGUUACUGAGAAAACAGGUCGCUACUCCCAUGGUACUGGAAGAUCAUGUCACAGAUGUAAUUCCGUUUUGCAAGAUUCAAUUGUUCAUUUUGGUGAAAGAGGCAACCUUCCUUGGCCAAUUAAUUGGACCGGUGCGACAAGAGCAGCGAAGCAAGCGGACGUUAUAUUAUGUUUAGGUUCUAGUUUAAAGGUGUUAAAGAAAUAUCCAUGGUUGUGGCAAAUGGAUAGACCGGUUCACAAACGUCCAUCACUGUAUAUUGUAAAUCUGCAAUGGACUCCGAAAGAUGAAAAUGCAGCUUUAAAAAUAAACGGCAAAUGUGACGAAGUCAUGAAAAGAGUCAUGGUUCAUCUUGGAUUACAAAUACCACCGUAUGAUCGGAUCAAAGAUCCAAUUUUUUUUCAUGCUGUACGACUCAGAAGCACCGAGCAACACACAAAAAGUCAGCCCUGUUUGUCAGAACCAUCAAAUAUUGUUCACGAGGAAAUAGAUCAAAUCGAUGCGAAUUUUCAUGAAGAAAUUGUACCAGAAACCAAAGAGGAAGAUUGUCCUUCACCUGAAAAUGUAACUGAACCAAUGCCUACGUAUUCGGCACCAUUUUUUGCUGCAUUACCAUUCUUGUCUAUGGGUUUACCAUUGCCGCCAAUGUAUAUGUGUCCUCAGUUGACGCCACUUUUUUAUUAUCCAUUUGUACAAGUACCUAAUGUGACCUCAGAUAUCUCAAAACCAAAACCAAAACCAACUUGCACCUUCUGUAUGGAGAACGAAGGAUCGCUUACUUGCCUUUAUUAUCAACGAGAUACAGAUAAUUCUCGUUUAAUAGCACCUGAGAUGAAGGAUGGAAAGACGUUGGUGAUUCAUGCGGAUACUCCGAUAGCGCCUAAAAAUCCUGGUUGGUUCGGUAAAGGAUAUCGCAAAGGCAUGAAGAAAAAACGGUAGCAUUUACUUUUCUCAACACGGUACAUGACUUUGCUUUCUUCUGUUAUUAUAUAAAUGUAUGACAUAUAGUAUAUCAUAUACUAUAUUAUAAUAAUAAUUAUUAUAAUAAUAAUAAUAAUAUUGUACGUAAUUAUAUAAUGUACGUAAAUGUUUGAUGCUUCCAUAUCGUAAUGGAAUCUGUAUACACAGUUUAAUGUGUGUAGCAAUCUAAUUCCAGUAUUCAGAAUUUUAAUAAUUAAAUGAAGAUGAUGAAAA